GUGAAGAAGAGAGGGCUGUGUCUGCGGAAGACUUGCAGAAGUCGGGCCUACAGGAUCCAAAGGAGGUCGUAAUGCUGCGAAAGCGCGCUGGGAUACCUGAGGUGGAUGCUGAUGCUAGACCCAGCUCGUAUGCGCUCAGGAUGAGCGAGCAGGUGGCAGCAGCGUGCCGCAGGAUGCAGGAGCUCGAGGAUCAACUUACCGAGAAGCACACAGAUGGUGCUGUUGAUGGCUUCACGGAGACGUUGGAGUCGGAGAUGACCAUGCUCAUCACCGACAUCAAGAAAGAGACUGAAAUGUCACAGCUGCGCAACUCCAAUACCGAUCCGAAAAUUGGUGAGAAUGACGCAGAGCAACCCAAGGAAGCGAGCCACUUGAUGCAUCGGCUGGCGGAAAUGGUCAGUGCUGCUUGUGCAGAUGUUGUUCGAGCGAGUGCUGCUGCCAGAGCAGAUGGUCACUCAUGUGAGGCAAUCCUGAAGGCAUCGAAUGCUCCGGAGAAAGAUUCUGAGAAGUCCCUGCACCGCCUAUUUGGGGUUUUCGGGCUAUCGCUGCCUGUGACGAUCAGCUGGGAGGUGUUACAACUGAAUGGUAAGAUCUUGAAGAUACCAUAUCUGAAACCAUCUGAUUAUUUGAAGAAACUUCUAGAAUGCUAUCCCGGGUGCAUUUGGUCCGAUACGAACAACCCAGAGCAGCGCUGCCUGUCCUUUUGGAAAGCAUACUAUCAGACACAUCCCUCGCAUGCAGUCUUCAAGAAGUUUAGUAUGGAUCAACUUUCGCACGUAAUACCACUACUUGUUCACGGCGAUGAGGGCACUGGAUCCAAGAAAUCCCCUGUAUCUAUCGUCAACUGGCAAUCAGUUUGGGGCCAUGAAACCGACAAGACAAAACACUUGAAGUCACAAAGCUGCUUUUCGGAUUGCUCUGCCUGCAACAAGUAUUCCUCCAAGAUCGAGAAGUGCUGCAAGGUCCCAGAUUCCUGGCCGAAAGCUCGAGAUCAAAGCUUCAAGCUGACUGACGAGGAUUUUCGUGAACUCCUUUCUCAAUAUCCUACAACCUCGAGCCAUUCGUUUUUGACAAGGCACCUGGUUUUUGUGUUGCCAACAUAUCUGGUAAAGAAGGGACCCGAAGUCUUGAAUGCGGCUCUGGCUGCAUGUGCUCGUGAUUUGAAGCAGUUGUUCGACACUGGAAUAGAUGUUCGUGGUAUUCGCUUCCAUGGAGCUUUGCUGGCUCUGAAAGGAGAUCAGAAGUGGCAUGCUGCUACUGGACGUUUCAUUCGGAGUUACAACCACCUGGCGGAUGUCAAAAACAAGCCGAUUUGCCAUGAAUGUCUCGGAGGGGGCCCUUUAUUCCCUUUUGAGGAUACCUCUUCUGGUGCACGUUGGGUCGAAACCCUCUUCGAAUCUGAACCGUGGUUCCAGGCAGGACCUUUGGAGCUCAUCCCGUUUGACGAAGGCAUGCCAGCACGAAAGUACAAGAGGGACUUGCUACACACUUUUAAAAUUGGACUUGGCCGUGACAUUGCUGGUUCCACUAUCUGCUUGCUCGCGCGCUUUUUUGGAUGGUUUGAUCAUGAAGGAGACUCGCUUGCUCUUGAGAACCGCCUCAAAAGGGCUCACUCUCGUUUGGUUUUGUGGGCCAGUGCCGAAGGACGCCAGCUACACCUACGGGGGUUUACGAAGGAGUUCAUGCAUCUUCCCCGUGUCGACAAUUUUCCCUGGACAAACAGCAAAGGCUCAGACACGAUGGUAUUGCUACAGUGGCUUUACUUCGAGUUGAGCCUGGCGGCUGCUGCUCUCGAGGGCCACCGAAGACUUGACCUUUUGCGAGUGGCGAAGCAGGUAUGCAAAGCUGGUGGUGAUGUGUUCCGCCUACUCUAUUCUCACGGCUUGCUUGUUCCACGAUCAUGCAUGGUGGUGUUACGGGACGAGCUCUUGAGA